AUGGCGGAUUUUAAUGAUUGUAUACAUCAUUGCGGGCUUUUUGAUUUAUCAAGCACAGGCCAACUUAAGUCGUGGUGCAACGGACAUGAAAGGGUGUCGCGUAGUUGGGCAAAGCUUGAUAGAGCUCUUAUUAAUUCAACUUUUUCAAUUUUGUUUGGUUCGGCUCAUCUCAAAUAUCUGGGUCAGAAGUCUUUGGAUCAUUGUCCAAUGGUGGUCUAUGUGAAUCGGCAGCUAUCUUUAUAUGGUCCGCCUCCAUUCUGGUUUCAAAACAUGUGGUCCUUGCAUGAAACAUUUUUGUCGUGUGUGAAGGAUGCCUGGUGUAGGAUGGACAUGGGUUCAAGACUCUUUAAACUGGCUACCCAUUUGAAACGCACGAAAGUAGUGUUACGGGCGUGUAACAGGUGCGUAUUUGGGAGGGUAGGUGCGAAUAUUCAAGCCCUAGAGGAACGCCUGGAUGUCCUGGAAAAUCAGUUACAAGCUGGCUAUUCGAUGGAGGAUGAAGAUGAUUAUUUGGCUAUGAAGUUGGAGCUACAGGUCUGGGAAAAAAGAGAAUCUACCCGCCUGGGUCAGAUUGCGAAAAGAAAAAAGGUUAACUAA